AGAGGCCUGGUCCACAAGUAAACAACAAAUAUAUCUAUCAUCAUAUCUCGACUGGGUGGACGGCAGACGGCCGUGAGGGAGUUCACGCAUUCAAGCAGGGAUCAGCCCAUCAUCAUGAGUGGCUAGUCCUUUAUGGUUUCCUUCGGAUGAAGGGUUUUUAUUGAAACAAUAACGAUGAUGACGACGACAACUGCAUAGAACAAACAAAUUGAACAACAUCAACAUCAUGUAUCAAUGGAGGAAAUUCGAGUUCUUCGAGGAGAAAUACGCCGGAAAAGGUCUGGUACCGGAAGAAGUCACCGGACGAAUCGAGUGUUGUUCGAGCGGACGGGGGAAAAUCGCGGUCGGAUGCGAAGACGGGACCGUUAGUUUACUGGAUCGAGGGUUUAAGUUCAGUUAUGGAUUCCAAGCUCACACUUCCUCUGUUCUGUUUCUUCAACAGCUUAAGCAAAGAAACUUCCUACUAACUGUCGGAGAAGAUGAACAAAUAUCUCCACAGUUAUCAUCUGUGUGCCUCAAGGUUUUCGACCUUGAUAAAACUCAACCCGAGGGUCCAAGCACAUCAAUUCCCGAUUGUAUCCAGAUAUUACGAAUAUUCACCAACCAGUUCCCAGAAGCAAAGAUUACAUCAUUUCUAGUUCUAGAAGAAGCUCCACCAAUAUUACUAAUAGCUAUUGGACUAGACAAUGGCUGCAUUUAUUGCAUUCAAGGGGAUAUUGCACGUGAACGCAUCAAACGGUUCAUGCUUCAAGUGGAAAACCGUCAAGAUAAAACUCAAUGUUCUAUAACUGGAAUGGGUUUUCGUGUUGAUGGGAAAGCAUUUCAGUUAUUUGCAGUUACUCCAACUUCUGUAAGCUUGUUUAACUUGCAAACUCAACCCGCUAGCCGGCAAACCCUCGAUCAAAUAGGAUCUAAUGCUAACAGUGUUGCAAUGAAUGACCGUCUGGAGCUUAUCAUUGGUCGACCUGAGGCUGUUUAUUUCUACACAGUUGACGGUAGAGGUCCAUGUUGGGCUUUCGAAGGAGAUAAGAAGUUUCUCGGUUGGUUUCGUGGAUAUUUAUUAUGCGUUAUCGCAGACCAACGAAAUGGCAGCAACACCUUCAAUAUCUACGAUUUGAAAAACCGCUUAAUCGCACAUUCAAUCGUGGUCAAAGAAGUUUCCCACAUGUUAUGCGAAUGGGGAAGCAUACUGCUUAUAAUGAAGGAUAAAUCUGCUCUGUGUAUUGGCGAGAAAGAUAUGGAAAGCAAGUUAGAUAUGCUUUUUAAAAAGAAUCUUUAUACGGUAGCGAUAAAUCUCGUUCAAAGUCAACAAGCUGACGCAGCUGCAACCGCUGAAGUUUUACGAAAGUACGGUGAUCAUUUAUACAGCAAACAGGAUUUUGAUGAGGCUAUGGCUCAGUACAUUCACACGAUUGGUCAUCUAGAACCUUCAUAUGUGAUCCAGAAGUUUCUAGAUGCACAGAGGAUCUACAAUCUUACUAACUACUUGGAGAAUUUACACGAGAAAGGUCUUGGGUCAAAAGACCACACUACCCUUCUCUUAAACUGUUAUACGAAGCUGAAAGAUGUAGACAAGUUGAACGUUUUCAUCAAAAGCGAGGAUGGCGUCGGGGAGCAUAAAUUCGAUGUGGAAACCGCAAUUAGGGUUUGUCGAGCUGCGAAUUAUCACGAGCAUGCGAUGUAUGUCGCUAAAAAAUCUGGGAGACAUGAGUGGUAUUUAAAGAUUUUGCUUGAAGAUUUGGGAAAUUACGACGAGGCGUUGCAGUAUAUAUCUAGCCUUGACCAAGGUCAAGCCGGUGUGACGGUCAAAGAGUACGGUAAAUUGUUAAUCGAGCAUAAGCCCACCGAAACAAUCGAAAUUUUAAUGAAACUUUGCACCGAGGAAGGUACAUAUGCGUAUAUGUUACCGUCUCCUGUUGAUUUUCUCAAUAUUUUCAUUCAUCAUCCACGAUCACUUAUGAUUUUUCUCGAAAAGUAUAUAAAUAAAGUCAAAGACUCACCGGCUCAAGUGGAAAUUCAUAACACAUUGUUAGAGCUAUAUUUAUCCACCGACUUGAGCUUCCCGUUAAUGUCUCAAUCACAAGCUACUAUUAACGAGAAUGGUAAUGGUACUUCGAAUGGGAAAUUACCUCAAGAACAUAAAGAUGAAAAAACCGAGAACGAUCAUAAACAACGACUCGAAAAAGGGCUUGAGUUGCUGAAACGUGCAUGGCCGUCGGAUCAAGAACAACCGUUGUAUGACGUUGAUCUGGCUAUAAUCUUAUGUGAGAUGAACGCCUUCAAAGAAGGGCUCUUAUAUCUGUACGAAAAGUUGAAGCUUUAUAAAGAAGUGAUCGCUUGUUACAUGCGUGCACAUGAUCAUGUUGGGUUGAUUGCUUGUUGUAAGAGAUUAGGGGACUCGGGGACCGGAGGUGACCCCACACUCUGGGCCGAUUUGUUGAAGUAUUUCGGUGAACUCGGGGAAGAUUGCUCUAAGGAAGUGCGGGAAGUUUUGACUUAUAUAGAGCGAGAUGAUAUUUUGCCUCCGAUUAUGGUGUUACAGACGCUUUCGUCAAAUCCGUUUUUAAGCCUCUCUGUUAUUAAAGAUUAUAUAUCUAGAAAACUGGAACAUGAGUCAAAACUUAUCGAAGAGGAUCGUCGGAUGAUUGAUAAGUACCAGGAAGAAACAUCGACAAUGAGAAAAGAAAUCCAGGAUUUGAGGACAAACGCCAGAAUCUUUCAACUAAGCAAGUGUACUGCUUGCACUUUCACGCUCGACCUGCCAGCUGUCCACUUUAUGUGUAUGCAUUCGUUCCAUCAACGUUGUCUUGGUGACAAUGAAAAAGAAUGUCCCGAAUGUGCCCCUGAGUACAGAUCCGUUCUAGAAAUGAAAAGAAACUUGGAACAAAACUCCAAGAAUCAAGAUCAGUUCUUUAAUCAAGUCAAGAGUUCAAAAGAUGGAUUUUCGGUAAUUGCUGAAUUUUUUGGAAAGGGGAUUAUUAGCAAAACUAGUAAAGGACCCUCUGGAUCACCAGAUUCAACCACCGCUGGUUUCUGAGUUUUUGUUUGUUUGUUUGAUAUUUUUUUAUAAACCAGAAGAGUUGCCAAAAAGGAGUGUAAUUUGAGGAGGUGAUGCACUGCUUUAUGCCUUUAUUAUUACUUUUUUAAAUUUGUUGUUUUACUACUGCAAAUUCUGAAGAGUUGUGUUUGUGAGAUUUGAAAAGUUUUUGAGUUGUUUUUAUAUGAAUUUUAGGAAGCUAUAUUACAUGUCUU